AUGAUUCGCGAAGUUCCAAGUACAACCACGAGACACAGGUAGGAACGAGCUAAACGGACGAUCGUUUGAUUAUUCUAGGUUAAUCUCCGUGGAGGAGGAGCUACGGCGCGAACAGCAGAAGAUGUCGGCUGCGUUGUCGUACAAGCAGCGCGUGAUCGACGCGCAGGAGCAGCAAAUAGCCGCUUUGGACGCCGCGAAUUCGCGUCUAAUGACGUCAAACACAAAACUGUUGUCCGCAUUGAGCACCCUGAAGCAACGAUACAAGUCGAGCCAGUCGAGCACCGAGGCGGCUGCGUUACUGCAGAACAUCGCUGAUAUCGGCGAGCUGAAGAGCUCGUCUUGUUAG